UAGUCUCAACUCAAAUGAGAUAUUAUAUGAACAUUCAGUGGAAUAAUAAAUUACUAGUAAAUUUUCUAAAUAAAAAUUCAAACCUCCCCAAACAAACCUUAACCUCCCUCCCUAGAUCUUCUCUCCACCUCUCUACCCUCUUUCUCUAUCUAUCCGAUCAUGAAGAUGAAGCCAAACUCUACUAGUAAUCCUCUCAUUUCUCUCGAACACAAGAGAGAUGCUUAUGGAUUUGCAAUUAGGCCUCAGCAUGUGCAAAGAUAUAGAGAGUAUGCCAGCAUCUACAAGGAGGAAGAAGAGGAAAGAUCUGAUCGUUGGAAUAUUUUCCUGGAGACGGUGGUGUCCGAGUCUGUUGAAUUACCUGUUGAUGGAGAAACAAUCGCUUUUGAUGACAAGAAAGUAGGUCACAUUGCAUCUGGAGCUGAUGUUAACUGCAACGAAGGAAUUGAAUUUGUUGGUGAAACUGAUACACCUAGUUCCGAAGGUUCAUUUGAUAAUGAUAUUCCAACAGUUGAGGUUAAACAAACCCAUAAAGUACAAAUAUGGUCUGAGAUCAGACCAUCAUUACGUGCAAUAGAGGGUGUGAUGAGUGCAAGAGUGAAAAAGAGGAGCCAUUGGUCUCGGAAAGGACUGGAUACUGAUUCUCACAGUGCUUUUAAAUCUAAUGAAGAAGCUAAGACUAAAGGGGCAACGGAGGAUGAUUCGGAAGAAGAAUUCUAUGAUGUGGAGAAAUCUGACUCUGUUCUAGAUGUCCCUCCUGUGGAUACUGCAGCUUCACCUGCAACUCCUGCCAUUGCUGAGGGAACUAACUUCAAUUCCAGUUCUCCUUGGAAACAAGAAUUGGAAGUCCUUGUUCGAGGUGGAUUACCAAUGGCUCUUAGAGGAGAGCUUUGGCAAGCUUUUGUUGGUGUAAAGGCACGCAGAAUAGAGAAGUACUAUGACAAUUUGUUGCAUUCAGAAAGUAGGCACAGUGAUGAAAUCAAGCAAGAAGAAGUAAAUGAUAAAGAGUCCGAUGUACAAAGUGCAAGACUACCUGAGAAAUUGAAGGGUCAGAUUGAAAAGGAUUUACCUCGUACCUUCCCUGGCCACCCUGCUUUGGAUGAAAAUGGUAGAAAUGCUUUAAGGCGUUUGCUUAUAGCUUAUGCUCGGCAUAACCCAUCAGUUGGUUACUGCCAGGCUAUGAACUUUUUUGCUGGCUUAUUGUUACUUUUAAUGCCUGAGGAGAAUGCAUUUUGGACUCUUGUGGGUAUUAUGGAUGACUAUUUUGAUGGCUAUUAUUCAGAAGAGAUGAUCGAGUGUCAGGUGGACCAGCAAGUUUUUGAGGACCUGGUGCGUGAAAGAUUCCCGAAGUUGGUUAAUCAUCUUGACUAUUUGGGUGUGCAAGUGGGAUGGGUUACCGGUCCUUGGUUCCUCUCAAUAUUCAUGAAUAUGCUUCCAUGGGAAAGUGUUCUUCGAGUUUGGGAUGUGCUUCUGUUCGAGGGGAAUCGUGUUAUGCUGUUCCGCACUGCACUUGCGUUAAUGGAGUUAUAUGGCCCUGCCCUGGUGACGACAAAGGAUGCAGGAGAUGCAGUCACUUUGCUUCAAUCUCUUGCUGGAUCAACAUUUGACAGCAGUCAGUUAGUCCUGACAGCUUGCAUGGGAUACCAAAAUGUGCAUGAAGCUAGGCUGCAGGAAUUAAGAGAUAAACAUCGUCCCGCAGUAGUUGCUGCAAUUGAAGAAAGAUCCAAGGGCCUUCAGGCUCUGAAAAAGUCUCAGGGUCUUGCUUCUAAGCUAUUCAGUUUCAAGCAUGAUCCUGGAUCGAUUAUUGCAGACAAAUCAAAUGUUUCAGAUGAGCUAGUGAAUGGUGAUACAACACACAUGGAAUCUGGUUCUACUACCCCCGAUGAUUACUUCAUUGGCAUGCCUGGAGGUGUGGAUAUUGAUCCUGGUUUGGAUCUUCAAGAGCAGGCUGUGUGGCUAAAGGUUGAAUUAUGCAAAUUACUGGAGGAGAAAAGAUCUGCAGAGCUGAGGGCGGAAGAGCUGGAGACCGCUUUAAUGGAGAUGGUGAAACAAGACAACCGUCGGCAAUUAAGUGCAAGGGUUGAACAAUUAGAACAAGAGGUCUCAGAGCUCCGUCGUGUCCUGGCUGACAAGCAGGAGCAAGAAAAUGUCAUGCUUCAGGUUUUGAUGCGAGUGGAACAAGAGCAGAAGGUAACUGAAGAUGCCCGUAGGUUUGCUGAGCAAGAAGCGGCAUCACAAAGACUUGUUUCUGCAAAUCUUCAGGAUAAAUAUGAUAAGGCUGUGGCUGCACUUGCUGAAAUGGAGAAGCGGGUAGUUAUGGCAGAGACAAUGUUGGAAGCUACACUACAAUACCAGUCCGGCCAAGUGAAAGCUCAACCUUCUCCAAGGUCACAUAAUGAAUCAUCACCUGUUCGCAGUAAUUCAGAGCCUUCUACAGAUAUGCCCACUAGAAAAAUUAGCCUGCUGACAAGACCUUUUGGGCUUGGAUGGCGUGAUAAGAACAAGGGAAAACCAGCGACUGUGGAAGAGUCAAGUGAUACCAAGCAAAAUGAAGAGAUACAGAGCCCAGUUGUCGAGGAUAAAGCAAGUAAUGGAGAUCAAUUCCCUGAGAAGCCAUAGAUACUGGACUGUUCAUUCGGGUAAGUGUGCAUAGUCUCCGCGUUUUUCUAUUAGAACUCAAAAUCCAGUUGAGGCGGCAUACUAAUGUGAGAUCUGAAUUAACAUAGAUAAGUCUUGUUGCUACUUCAGAUGCACUAUGUCCAGUGUAUAGUAUUCAAUUUUCGAUUUUUGUUUUGUUAAUUAUAUAGUAAUAAACUAAUAUUAUAGAAGUAUAGAUAGAAAUUUGGUAUAAAAUGCCAUAAAACUCCUAUAUCCCCCAUCCUUCCUCAAAUGUUGUAUAAACAUUUUUGUGAAAUACUGUAGUUUUGUGAAAUAUAUAGUCAAUGAUCUUGUCA